CCGAACCCGGAAGAGUUUCCUUGACGUCGCUGCCGCUGCUGCUUCUGUUGCUGGUGCCUGAGCUGCUUCUGCUGUUGUUCCCGGCAAGAUGCCGGGCGGGAGGUCUUUCCGGCGGCGGAGAGCGGACUCCGAAGCGGAGGAGGACGAGGAGGAGGCCCGGUUGAAAUUAGAAGAAGCAAAAGAAGUACAGAGUUUGCGGAGGAGGCCAAAUGGAGUGAGUGCUGCCGCUCUGCUUGUUGGAGAGAGGUUACCAGAAGAGACAACUUUGGUGGAUGAUCCCUUUAAGGUAAAGACUGGUGGAAUGGUGGACAUGAAGAAGCUGAAGGAACGAGGCAAGGACAGGAUCAAUGAAGAAGAGGACCUCAACCUUGGGACUUCAUUUUCAGCAGAGACCAACAGAAGGGAUGAAGAUGCUGACAUGAUGAAAUACAUUGAAACUGAGCUGAAGAAGAGGAAGGGGAUUGUGGAAAACGAGGAGCAGAAAGUGAAGCAGAAGAAUGCGGAGGACUGUCUGUAUGAGCUCCCUGAGAGCAUCCGUGUCUCUUCAGCCAAGAAGACAGAAGAGAUGCUGUCCAACCAGAUGUUGAGCGGCAUUCCAGAGGUGGACCUCGGAAUUGAAGCAAAGAUCAAAAACAUAAUCUCCACCGAGGAGGCCAAGGCACGAUUGUUAGCUGAACAGCAGAAUAAAAAGAAAGACAGUGAAACCUCAUUUGUGCCCACAAACAUGGCUGUGAACUAUGUCCAGCACAACAGAUUUUAUCAUGAAGAACUGAAUGCACCAGUGAGGAGGAAUAAGGAGGAACCCAAAGCUCGUCCAUUGAGAGUAGGAGAUACUGAGAAACCAGAACCUGAAAGGUCUCCGCCGAACCGCAAGCGUCCACCAAAUGAGAAAGCGACAGAUGACUAUCACUAUGAAAAAUUCAAGAAAAUGAACAGGCGCUAUUGAAGCUGGCCUGUCUGGAUCAACCUACAAAAUUCACCUAUGUUUUUCAUUUUCUAGUGGCCAGAAAAAGAAAUGUGGAUAUAUUGUGAAAACAGGGAUCUCCUUCCCUUCUUGCAGAUAUUAGUUUUGUCCUAAGCAUCCUCUAUGGAAUUUACUUGUACAGUGAUCACUGACUCCUCAUCUUUCCAUGCUUGUAAUGUGUUGGCUUUUGUAGUAUAAAACUUUCUAUUUUAAACAAA